CGCGCCCCUCCGCUCCCGCCAGCUCCACCCCGUGAGCUGCCUGCCGCGGGGCCCCGCUCUCCGCCCGGCUGCUCGCAGAGAGGCGCGGAGUUGGGGCGGGCGCAGCCGGUCAGCGUCAGGCAGCAGCAGCGCUCGGCCCUCGCCUCCUGCCCUGGGGGCUGUCUAGGGCUAGGCACGGGGCAGACCCCCUCCCCCCUUUCCCUCCCAGGACCAUGAGACGCUCCGCGGGGGCUGCCAGCCUUUUGCACGCUGCGGCGCUGCUGCUCGCCGCCUCCUGUCUCGCCGCGCUCGAGACUACAAAUACAUCCAUUCCAACCACAAUCGCACAAUCCACUUCAAAUACUUCAGCAUGUGAUAAAAAUGUCACUCUCACAACUAUUUCAGGUUCUACCAAAACAAUCACCACCCAGACAACCACCACCCAGACAACUACAUCAACCACCAUCUCGAAACCCACAACAACCAUACAAUCAACAGCCAGUGUCACAGUGACCACUUCCAAGACUAUGUCUCCUUCCAGCUCCGUAACAGCCACGCCAAAAUCUGCAGCUGUGCUAUCCAGAACCUCCAGAUUUGAUGUGGGCAGUUUUUUCGGUGGCAUUGUGCUGACACUUGGAAUGCUAGCCAUUCUCUAUGUUGGGUGUAAAACAUAUCACUCGAGAAGAGGUGUUCAGUACAGAACCAUUGAUGAACAUGAUGCUAUCAUUUAAAGAUACUUCUGAGAAGACAGUGGGGAAAUUCCACCCGAUCACUGCUUUAAGAACAUCUAUUUGAAAAUUUUUUUUUCCUUUCAUAAAGAUAGUCCCAAUCUCUAAUGCAUCCAUAGAUCUGAUCCUGCACAGUGUCAAGAUCUUCCCAAGCACCCUGAGCUCCCAUUUAUUGCAAUGGGAGCUGGAGGAAGUUAGCACUUUGCAGAAACAUGCCCUGUUGUUGAUGCAAUUUAAAAAAAAAAUCUUUAACGUUCAUUACCUAAUGAUGAACUGAAAUGCUUUUUAAAAUAAAUGCAUACAAACUUUGAGAUACCAAAUCAUUACCAUAACAUACCACGUGACAUUAAAAUUGUGAAUACAUUGGAUUAUUGCCUACAUACUACAUAAAUGCGGGUGGUUCUACUUUGGGUACAACAGGCUGAAAAAAUACUAGUCGCAGUUAGGGAAAAAUGCAAUAGGCUUGGCAGGUAAACUACAAGAGGAAGUGACUUUGCUACUAUUUUGUAUUAAAAUGUAUUUAUUUGUAACUUGAAACUUGGGGUGAACUUCUGUUAAUGAUUUGGGAACCUCAGACUUUGUUUUUUAACGAAAAUAUUUCAGUUCAGUGCUGAUGCUAGUAAAGGGAUGUGAGAUUAUUCCAAUUUAUCAAAUUAUGAUUCAUAAUGUCGUAAACUAUCCAGAACAGGAUGAUAGAAAACGUACUUAAAAUAUAGUCUACCAAUGAUCAGUGAUCUGUGGAUAUAUUACCAGAGACUACUCGUAACUGUUGAUAGUGGGGGGACACAAUGUAAAGGUUCUGGUGGUAUGCAGCGGGGUUCAGAGCAGAGCACAUAAAUCCUGGCAGAAAUCUGAAGGGGCAUGUGACCCUGUGUGCUCCUUCCACCACAUUACCUCUGGGUCUGCAGAAUAAAAUAUAGUGAGAAUCAAUCUGUGGGGAACUGGGAGGGGGAGGAGAUACAGUCCAUGACAGUACUUGUCUCUUAUGAAGUGGUCUACAAGUUGAAAUGGGCUAGAUGAUCAUUAUAAUACACAGGUUUUAUUUAGAAUUAAAUUAGUGAUUCAUAUCCAGCAAAUCACAAUGGUAUGAUUGAGAUAAAAUUGUAUUUUUUUAAAAAAAAGGCUUGUCUCCUACUGUGAAUAUGAAGAUUUCCACUGAAAAUUAUUCUAGCUUGGAUGUAAUUUAAAAUCCCUGCUUUGUUUUAUUUGGAAGCUUUAUACAGGGUUUCUAGUAGGAUUUUAGGAAGAGUUGGGAGUAACUUUCCAAAUGCGAGUGGUAAAAUAUAAUAUGUAGGAUAGCAUUUAAAAUAUAUAUCUAUGCCCUACAUUCUUAAAAUUGUUUGCAGGACCUGGUGCUGCUGUACUUACACAUUAUGAUCUAGUCCGGGGUGGCCAACCUGUGGCUCUUCAGAAGUUAAUAUGCGGCUCCUUGUAUAGGCACUGACUCUGAGGCUGGAGCUACAGGAGCCAACUUUCCAGUGUGCCGGAGGGUACUCACUGCUCAACCCCUGGCUCUGCCACAAGUCCUGCCCCCACUCCACCCCUUCCUGCCGCCUCCCCUCAGCCUACUGUGCCCUCGCUCCUCGCCCCCAGAGCCUCCUGCAUACCACAAAACAGCUGAUUGGGAGGUGCGGGGAGGGAGGUGCUGAUCGGUGGGGCUGCCGGAGGGUGAGAGGCGCUGGGAACGGGGGUGGGGGAGCCUAUGGAGGGCUGCUGACAUAUUAUUGUGGCUCUUUGGCAAUGUACAUUGAUAAAUUCUGGCUCCAUCUCAGGCUCAGGUUGGUCACCCCUCAUCUAGUCCAAAGUCCAUUGAAGUCAAUGAAAAGACUCCCAUUGGGUGAUAUCAACAGACUUUGAAUCAGAUCUUUAUUUCAUAGGGAGUCAUAAAGAAGGGGCCUGACACUGAUUUCUAAUUCCCUUCCCGUUUACACUGGUAUAAUUGUAUUGACCUCAGUGGAUGUAAUCCUGAUUUACACUGAUAUAAGAAGAUUCGUGUGAGGCUCAAAGACUGCAAAUUUGGAUAUUUAGAAUAUUUCAGCAGCAGUGAGCUAAUGUUCAAUCCCAAUCAGUUUCCCUUUGCAGCUGACCCUGUAUGGAAAAGUGCCUCUGAUGGAGAGCUGCUUUGGUGGGUACUACUAAUGAUAAUUCACCAUCCAAGACACAACCACGUAUGUAUUAGACAGCUAUUGGAAAGUUUGCCCAGGUGCAUUUUUGCAUGCAAGGUGGCCAUUAGUGUGUGAUGCAGCACUUUGGUAGAAACAGGUCUUAUACCAGUUACUAUUUUGUUUAGAAAUGUUUCACUCUUGUAAGUCUUGCACUUUCAUAGGAUUUUAUUUAAAAAAAAAAAAAAUCUGUCCUAAAUACAAAAUUCUUUCUGUAUAUGAUAAGAUCUAGGCCUGCAAACCUUUCCUGCUGUGGGCAGUCCUUACUCACGCACUCCCUUUGCAAUCAGUAGAGUUACUUGUUUGCGUACUCCCAGGAGGAAGGGUUUGCAGGGCUAUGCCAUUAAACUUUUUUUUUCUCUUGUUUAAAAAAAAUUGAAGUAUUUUAAGUGAUUAUUAAUUUCACUGUUUUGGGGGAAAACCUUGCCUUUUUCUUUUUAUAUGUAUAUAUAAAGACUAUAGCUAAACUUUACCAGUUUGCAAAUCGUUGUUCUACAGAAUUUUUUUUGUAGUUACCCAGAGUUUUACUGUAUUAAGUGCUACUCAGUAGAGUUACUGAGAUCCUCUGACCUCUGUUGUGCAGAUAAAUAUUAAAAUGAAAUGUUUGCCUUUAUUA